UGUGCAAAGAACGAAAAGGUAGUGUCAAACAAAUGAAACGAAAAUUGCUGCGCUGACCACUCCAUCGCAUCAAAGUCUGAGAGGUGUUGACGCUUGCCCUCUCGGAGCAGUCCAGAGUCCAGAGCAAGUGGUUUGGGAGGCAGGUGAGCGCAGCUACCAACACGCACUGUCGUCCGGCGGGUUGGUCCAAGGCCGAAGAGGAGCAUUGGACCAUCUCUCCGCGCACCAAAAGGGCACCCGGACGACAAGAUCUGGUCGCCUGUGCCGACCGGACGGCGGCCUCCAUGCGUGCCGCCCUUGUGGGACCGCGGCCGCAGAUCUCCUGAGCCCCCGGAUUCCGAGUCGCGAGUGCCAAUUCCCGGCGUGUGCAUGAGCAACACGGAGGGCGAGGGGCAGGCGAGGAGGAGCUCCGGCCAACACGAGAAGAGCAGCAGAUCUCCACAAGGCAAGAGAGGAGAGGAGAGACGAGAAGACGAGAGAGUAGAGCGGAGGAAGGAGGACGGACGAAGGUUGGGGCUGGCGAGGCAGUCACACAUUGCUCCUUUCUCUUGAAUUGGCUGGCUGGCUGGCUCGCUCGCUCGCGUGCUGCGAUGGCGAUGGCCGCCUGCUGUCGGAAUCGGCCUCUAAACCGCGCGUUGGUUCGAGCGUUUCGGGCCGGGAAGGAGAGUCGCAAAUCGAGUUCGCAGGCGUCCAGAUCGUGUAUUACUGGAGGUGCUGAUGCGGCUGUCAUCUUCAGAGGCAAGGCCAGUGCCAUUGCUCCGUCUACGUCUAAUGUGCUCCGAUCAUGGCAACCAUGGCCCAAGUCCGCAAGCAACUCUCGAGCUUUCUCUUCUGGUGGAGAUCCUCCUCACGAAAAAAUUACCAUGCCCGCACUGUCCCCAACGAUGACUCAAGGAAAUGUCGCGAAAUGGAAGAAAAAAGAAGGGGAUCAGGUUGCUGCUGGAGAUGUGCUCUGCGAGAUUGAAACUGACAAGGCAACUCUUGAUCUUGAAGCCAUGGAAGACGGGUUCCUGGCCAAGAUUUUAGCACCGGAUGGGUCUAAAGAUCUUCCAGUGGGGCAGCCUCUUUGCAUUGUGGUUGAGGAUAAGGACGACAUUGGCAAGUUUGCAAAUUACUCAGGGGACGCUCCCGCAAAGUCGGAGGCCCCAAAGCCUUCCAAAUCCAAGUCUUCAGAGACUAAGAGCCCAGAACCAGUUAGUUCUUCACCAGCCCCAGAUGUUCCUCAUGAGAAUAUCACAAUGCCCGCAUUGUCCCCUACAAUGACUCAAGGCAACGUGCUUAAGUGGAAGAAGAAUGAAGGUGAUAAGGUCUCAGCAGGAGACGUUCUCUGUGAGAUUGAGACGGACAAAGCUACACUCGAUAUGGAAGCCAUGGAGGAUGGCUUUUUGGCAAAGAUACUAGUGCAAGCUGGUACGAAGGAUAUCCCAGUGGGCCAACCCCUUUGUGUGGUGGUCGAAGAGGAGGGCGAUGUAGGAAAGUUUGCUAAUUAUACUGGAGCACAACCAACGAAAGCACAGUCACCCCCAAAAUCUGAGGGAAAGAAAGUUGACACAGCUGGUACUGCACCUGAACCUUCUCACAUGCCAGAAUCAGGUCCAAAGAAGAGUAGGGUGGGGCCAUCGGUGAGGCGGUAUCUUGCUGAGAGUGGACUAGACGCAGCAUCAUUGCAGGGCACAGGUCCUCACGGAAUGCUCCUGAAGGGGGAUGUUCUGAAUGCCAUGAAAUCUGGUUCGCCUCAAACCAAAAGCCCUUCAGCAGCUCCCGCCAAACCUCCUGCCUCCAAGUCUUCUACCCUACCUGCAUCUUCAGACCUUGGGUAUAUCGACUUACCUACAAGCCAGAUUCGCAAGAUCAUUGCCCAGAGGUUGCUUGAGUCCAAAAUGGGAACGCCACACUUGUAUCUGAGUGCUGACGCGAUUUUAGAUCCAACUCUGGCGCUUCGUAAAAGCAUGAAAGAAAAGCAUGGGAUAUCUGUCUCUGUCAACGAUUUUGUCAUCAGAGCAGCUGCUCUUGCAUUGAAAGCUGUUCCAGAGGCGAAUGCUUUCUGGGAUGAUAAAGCAGGGGAUGUAUCAUCAAAUAAGUCAGUUGACAUAAGUAUUGCUGUGGCAACCGACAAGGGUUUGAUGACACCAAUCGUGAGGAAUGCCGAUCAGAAAUCGCUUUCAGAGAUUUCAGCGGAGGUGAAAUCACUGGCGGAGAGGGCUCGGGCUGGUAAAUUAAAGCCUCAGGAGUUUCAAGGAGGCACUUUCAGUAUUUCAAAUUUGGGAAUGUUCCAAGUGGACCGGUUUUGUGCUAUCAUCAACCCUCCUCAGGCCUGUAUACUGGCAGUCGGGAGGGGCGAAAAGCAUGUGAUGUGGAAGGAUGUGUCAGAAGGUGAAGGACAUCCGGUUACCGUGACGAAGAUGUGUGUAACACUAUCAGCAGAUCACAGAGUGUACGAUGGUGAUAUUGCAGGUCGCUUCCUCAAAGCGCUCACUUCAAACCUGACAGAUCCAACGAACAUGCUGCUAUGAGCUGUUGGUUUCGGUAGUCGAAUGUACAUUCAGUUAAAAAUCUCGAGACAACGAAGUUUUGUGGUAUCUGCGGAAGAUGCCAGGGCUGAAAUAAAGCUCCUCACGGUUCGCGUGUAGAUUCUGGCCUUCCACAUGCGAGGUUUCCUCCAUUCAGUGCUUCGUUUGAUAAGGGGUUCGUCUGCUGAACGGCGAUGACAAUGUACCUCUUAGAUUUAUGCUCUAAAUUAUGCAGAGGCCCAACAUAAAGAAAAGCCGUAGAUGACAUUCCAUUGGCUUUGUGUGAAGCUGAUUCACAAUUUUGACCGAAUGAUCAUCCACAGAUUUUGUAACAUUACGAUACUUGGAGUUGGAUUUGAGAAACGAGCAAAUGCAUUCUCUU